AUGACUACCGACCAGAAGAAACCUGGCCUCGACAGCAGCGCCUCCAAUGAGGAGAAGAUUAAGCAUGGCCAGAUGGACAUCCUCGACCAUCGGUCGGGGCAAGAUGAAGAUGUUGCAGUGCAGUUUCUCGCCCAGCUCGAUCCCGCCAUCAUGGCGGCACCCAUCUCCGACGCAGAGGCGCGACGCGUGCUGUGGAAGAUUGAUUUGAUAUUGAUCCCAUUAAUCAUGGUCACUUGCGUGCUCGCCGCAGUCGACAAGGUCAUCAUCUCUAAUGCCGCUAUCUACGGUAUGGAAACUGAUACCCAUCUCACCGGCAACCAAUAUUCCUGGGUGGGCUCGAUAUUCUACUUUGGCUACCUGCUCUUCGAGUACCCUGCUGCGCUACUUAUCCAGCGGCUCCCCGUAGCCAAACUCUACGUGGGAAUGGUCUUCGCUUGGGCAGUCAUGAUGCUGUGCACGGCCGCUACGCAGAACUUUGCAGGUCUGGCGACAGUGCGCUUCCUCAUGGGCAUGCUCGAGGCAUCGGUGUUUCCCAUCUCCAGCAUUCUGACACUGUCGUCCGUCUUCUCUGGAGUCGUCAGCUACGGCAUCGGACACACCCACACCGCACUACACCCCUGGCGACUACUCUUCCUUGUCCUCGGUGCAUUCUCCAUCCUCUGGUCAGGCGUCCUAUACAUCUUCCUACCAGACUCUCCAGUCCAAUGCUGGUACUUCUCCGACCGCGAAAAGUUCGUCUGCCUCGAGCGCGUCAAAGACAACAACACGGGUAUGGAAGAUAAAACCAUCAAAUGGUAUCAAGUGCGUGAAUGUCUCCUCGACCCAAAGACAUGGCUCCUAGCUCUGUUCUCGCUCGCCCAGAACAUCCCCAACGGCGGCCUCGUCACCUUCUCCGCCCUCAUCGUCACCGGACUCGGCUAUUCCUCCCUGAUCACCACCGUCCUAGGCAUCCCCACCGGUGUCCUCGCCACCGUAUGGCAGAUCCUGCUCUCGUUACUCGCCUCCCGUGUGCCCAAUUCCCGCUGUUUCAUCAUCGCCGUCUCAAACCUAGUCCCUAUGACCUGUGCCAUCCUCAUGUGGAAACUGCCCCGCUCCGACAAGCACGGCCUCCUCGCCUCCUACUACGUCUUUUACACCUACUGGGCACCCUACGUGCUAUCCACUUCGCUCCCUAUGGCCAACACCAGCGGUCACUCGAAGAAACUGACUCUAAAUGCUAUCUUCUUUAUCGCAUACUGCGUGGGAAACAUCAUCGGUCCGCAGGUCUUUCGCUCCACGGAUGCCCCGAGUUACUCGCACGGAUACGAGGGCUUGCUGGCUUGUCUGGUUGUUGCGAUCGUCGCGAUCUCAGCCUACGGCGUACUCUGUAGAUGGGAGAACCAGCGACGGGAUCGUGAACAGGAGCAGCAGUCUGUUACUGUCAUGGAGGAUGCGGCAUUUUCGGAUCUAACGGAUAAAGAGAAGACAUCGUUCCGAUAUACAUAUUAG